CGGCAGUACUUUUAAAUAUUUGCUUCCGUAGUCUUCCUAUUAAAACUAAUUCAGGAAAAUUUGUUCUAUAAUUACUACAACAUAUGAACCCUAAAAGAUAAAAAAAAAAAAUGCAAAUUAUCAUAUUUUAUGUUUACCUACAGCUGUAUUUUAUUAAAUAGUAUAUAUAAAAAAAUUUAAAUUGAUUAUGUGAUUCAGUGGUUAAUGUAUAAGUGAUAUACAUCUGAAGUUUUGAAAAGAAUCUAUUGUUUUGAUGAUGAAUCAUAGAUUAUCUUCACCUUCAUGAAGGGAGACACGGGUGAGGCUGAUAUGAGCUCUGACGAAGCCCGACGGAGCUCGGCGGUGAAGGCCCUCGCUUCGGAGUACAAGAGCUUGGUGGAGGAACCAGUGGAAGGGUUCCAGGUGGGGCUUGCUCAGGAGGACUGCCUCUUCGAAUGGCAAGUGGCCAUAUUCGGCCCGCCGGAAACACUUUACCAAGGCGGAUACUUUAAGGCCAGAAUGAAGUUCCCUCAGGACUACCCUUAUAGUCCACCGACGAUGAAGUUUUUGACAAAAGUUUGGCAUCCUAAUGUAUACGAGAACGGAGAUCUUUGCAUCUCCAUCCUCCAUCCCCCAAUCGACGAUCCACAGUCCGGGGAGCUCCCCUGUGAGCGAUGGAACCCAACUCAGACUGUACGGACUAUCCUGCUGUCCGUCAUAUCACUUCUCAACGAGCCUAACACCUUCAGCCCUGCCAAUGUGGAUGCCUCUGUCAUGUAUCGCCGCUGGAAGGAGUCCAACGGCCAGGACAAGGAGUACGAGGAGAUCAUCAGAAAACAGGUGCUGGCCAGCAGAGACGAAGCGGAGAAGGACGGCGUGAAGGUGCCCAUAACGCUGGAGGACUACACUCGGGCUUCGAGGCCGCAGAAGGCAGAACCCGACCCGUCCAUCGAGCUUAACGACUUCUACGACGACUUCGACCCCGAAGAAGAUGACACUUCGGAACAAGACGAGUCCACCGGCGAUUCCUUCUACUCGAAGUAACCUUCCCCGAGGGCUUGUUCUUGUGACCUGUAUUAUUUCCCUAUAAAAACAAGUGUAAUUCUUUCCGAAUUAAUACAGUCAAGAAUUUUUGACUAUUAAAACAGUUUGAACUUUCAAAAUUUUGUUGAAAUAUUUAUUUUAGAUUACGAACAUUUAAUUAAAUUCAUUUUUUCUUGUUCAUCUUUAGGUGAUUAGAACUUGUUUUAAUACAUUAAUUAUCUCAUUGUAUAUAUUUUUUUUGUUUGCAUUUAUUGAUUAAUUUUGCUUCCUAUUGGCAAUAUAGUUUAUAUUUAUUAAGUUUUAAUAAAUGAGACUGCUCAAAAUUUUUAUCCUAUUUUCUUAUAUUUUUUUAAUUGUUUUUUUUCUGUUGAAAGUAGAUACCAAGUAGAUUUAUUUUCUUUCUUUGUAGUGUUGUAAUUGUUCGCGGAACCGGAGAUGUUUUAUGUCUAACAUUGAAACAUCAUCCUGAAGUAUCUAUGACCCCUUUAAUUAAUAAUCAUUAAUUGUUUAUUUGUACAUUAUAUAUGUAUUGACUAUAUAUACAUUCAUAAAUGUAAUUGUUAUGUGAUUGUCAGUAAUAUACUGUCGCUAUUUUAAUAUUUGUAAUUGUUUAUAUUAUUGAAAUUACAAAAUAAAGUUUAUCAAAAUUU